UAUUCUGACCGGAGCAAUAUCGACUGUGCGACGAGGUUGGAAAGUGUAGUGGAGCUGAGUGUUUGCGUUUUUUUUUUUUCUCGGUUUGAUCAUUCCUGUCCUUAUAUAGCACUGUCAAAUCACCUAGCACUCUUCUCGAGUCAAACAAAUAUGUGGCUUUGCCGUUAACUUCAGCAAAUAGGGCCUGUUCUUUUGCCAUCUGUGCGUGCGAUUUCCAUCAAAACGAUAUGAGGACAGGCGAACGAGUUGAUACAUCGACAAAGGAAUGCAUAAAGUCUCCAGAUUUCUGUCGCCCAGUGACACUCAGCCAAAAUGCCGUGACGAGUGAAGCAAGGAGGCUGUGGGCAGGCCAGCAGCUUUUUCAAUUCCAGUCUCUAAUCACAUGCCUAAACCGGUUUUGCAGAGCCUCCUCGCUUCAAUCGUCACAGCAUUUUGGCUGAGCGUCACUGGACAAGAGAUGCCUGGUGGCUCUGGUACCCAGGCAGUAUAAAUCUAACAGACAAAAUAGCACCAUGAAGCAUAUGAUGUUUCAUCAAAGCAAGAGGAGGCAUCCAAAGCGACUGGAUGGUGAAAUUAGUAGCAGUGAGGAUGAGUUUUCCAAGAAAAACACCAGUAAACCCCCAAAUGAGAAAAAAGUCAAGCCUCGCACCUCUCCUCCUACCUCUGAGAGUGAUACCUACUGUGACAAUAAAUUAAACAAACUCAAGAUCAAUAGUGAAAAUGAUGAAGCUUCAGAAUCUGUCACCUUAAAGGAGAUUAUAGACCCUGGUGAGGGGACCACAAGGGAGUCUGAGAAGGAGAGUGAACCAGAACAAGAAGAAGCCAGUCCAGAAAAGCUGGAGGACACAAAGCCAGACAACAACAAGAUUACAGAAUCAAAAAAUAUGGAAAACCAGUGGAAAUCUAUUGACGAAAAAAUGAACAUUUCAGUUGGACAUAAAGCUACAAAGGGGCAGUUUCGCUUCGACUUUCUUGGAGAUGAAGUCGAUCAAGCCGAGGCAGACGCGUUGUCGGCUCUGAACAACUACUGGCUGACAAGCAUAGCUAAAAAAGCUGCUAAACCGUCAACAGAUAUCCCGGAAGAACACAAACCGUUCUAUAACAAAUACUGCAACGGCACGAAGAAACUUAGCAUCGAGACGGCGACAAGACUUAUGAGCUACCCCCAUGUCAUCGCCAUCACGCUCAAGUCGAACGCAAAGAUCGAGGUCAUCACCUCAGACGUCGAGAAAGCUCUUGAGAAGAAUGCGGAGUUACGCGAACCCCACUUCGAUGUCGUGACGGCUAUGGGCAUGCACCUGUUCUAAGGCUCCGGCAACCCAGAGGACUUAACAGGAGGCUUUUGCCUACGCGAUUGACAUAAAUUAUUGGACUUUUACUGUAAAUAUGCCAGAUGUAGUUCGGUAUGGUACAUUCAGUCGUUCCCACAUUGACUUGGAAGGCUUUAAAGCUUGCACAGUGACAAUUCUCCUCUCUGUGAUUGUGGCGUGACUACCAUGGGAGUAGAUGCCGCUCUGCGUAAAAAUGAAGAUGAAAUAAUCGAAAUCAGUCACGGUUGCAUCUGCAUUUGGAAUGGUACAUGAAAAUUACGGCGUCUAAAAAUUGUUAGGUUAGCUGAAGUUAACAUGUUUGUGAUCUGCACGGCACAAGUGACAAGAAUUGCAAAGUUUUUUCUAUGUAUGUGGAUAGAAGGGAAGCGAAACGGAUCACCCUCUUCUGCCGAGGUGAAAAUCGCGUUAUUUUUUAACCAACUGGACUGAUUAAAUUCAGUUCUUUUUUUAAAUGGGCAUUUGAAUAGGAAAAAGGAUAGGUUUUUAUGUAUAGACAGGUAGAAUUAAUAUAAUUUUCAGCAUUUUUUAGUUGUCACUGGCCUUUGGCUCUUAACCUUUUUAAGAUUAACAAAUUACUGCUGGAUCCCGCCGACAGUUUUCUUUGAACACGCCGUCGGUCGAAUGUUGUCUGAGUCUCUUCCCAAAUUGCAAUGCAAUAGCUUUCGGAUAGCAAGCUUUAUAGCCUUCCUUUCAAGAUAGCAUCCUGGGCUCCUCAGCCCCUGGCGCCCUGGGUGCUUCUCAACCCACCCACACUGGAAAAUUGCUGAGUUGAUAGCUAUUUCAUCACGAAGAUUCGGGGUUUUAAGCAAAUUGGUGAACAGCUGAUUGGGCUGGUAGGGUGAGCAAAUUCAAUUCAUCUUGAACUUCACGAGAAAGUGGAGGAACUACCUUUGGUUUGUGUAUGUUAUACUUGACGUAUUAGAGAGUAAAACAAUAUCUAAAGUUAAGAAAAAAGCAAUUGAAACAUUUUUAUUAUUAUAUGUGUAGCUUAUCAACGGAUAUUUGUUACAGGGAACCUUGUGUGUCUAAACCGCAUAGACACAUUUUUGUAUGAAAAGAGGACGUUGGCUAUGAACACUAUUCUAUAUGGAUCAUAUGUUAUUCAAUUUUUUGGCUUGGACUCAAAGUUUAACUUUUUCGCGCUCGCUGCUGCAUAAGAUAAGUAAAAGUGUGGACUGUUUUCUUGUUCUGGCGAAUGAAGGGACUUUAUCACGGUCUGCAAUGUGCCACGUAAAACAUAGCUAUCCCCUUAAACCCGCUUUGUAUUUCUCAAUCUUUAGGUCAACUUGUUUUUGUAAAUUAUGUUGAUCGUGAUAUAGUUCCUUAUGGAAAGAAUUUUUUUUUUAAAUUUAUUGAACUGAGCAUUUUAUCAAACGUAUAUUAAACAAACUUAUCGGUU